CAGAGCCACAACACAAACCCUUAACUAUUCAUAAACCUCUGAAAUCGGUUAUUCAUAUUCGUAAUAAUAAUCAAUGGCUGUUGUAUUUUCUUGUUCGAACAUGAUCAUCCAGCUCAGAAAUCACCACUCACCGUCGGUAAAGACUGUUGCCUUUUCAAAAGGGGUUUUUGUAAACCCCAUCAAUUUCAAGAUUGCUUCAAGUUUCACGCGUAAAUCAUCGCCUUUCGCCAUCAAAGCUUACCAGAAUGAAUCGGACCAAUCGCAGACCGAAGUCCAACCCAAGAGAAGCACGGCAACACCAACUAACCCUGAAGUCGACAACUUUAAGGAACCCGAAGAGGAACCGCAACCGCAAUCCUUAAAACUUGCCAAGGCAAAGGCGAAGGCAGCCACAGCCUUACAAACAUCAAUGGAUUAUCAACAAGUUCUUAAGUAUCCCCUUGUUACCGAAGCUGCAAUACAAUCGAUCAUCAAAGAGAAUACGUUGGUUUUCAUGGUGGAUGUACGCGCAAACAAGAAAGACAUUCGCAACGCCUUUGAGAACAUGCUUAAAAUCAAGACCAAGAAAAUUAACACGUUGAUCAACUACGACGGCACCAAAAAGGCUUACAUACAGUUGCCUCCUGAAAAUCAGGCUGCUACGAUCGCCAAGAGACUCAAAAUAUUGGCUUGAUUGUUUUUUCGUACGGAGACCAGAUUUGUGUAUAUAACCAAGGCGAUUGAGGAUGAAGGUGUUGAGCAUGUAAGUUAAAACUUUUUUUGUUUUAAGAAUAUAUUUUAGCGCAUAACUCGGCGAUUUUGGAUCUUGAUCUUGCUUCAUGUUAUUAAUCAUGUUGGUUGUAUUAAAAUCAAAUAUGGUUCCUCUAUCCAUUUGUGGUAAUGUUUUG